UGAUUGUGUAAAGGUUGACUAAUAAGAAAUUAGUGGCUAAUUACUAAAUUACAGAGAAAAAGGGUUGUUUCUGAACCGGAGUAUAUUAAUAAGUGUCGAAAAUGUAAUUUUAACAAAAGAUUUGGACUCAAAAUGCAAAUAUGUUGGCGCGUCAUCUUCUCAGCAUCACCUGAUCCUCUUCCUCCUCGGGGCGGAGAGAACGUUUCCGAUUCAAAGUUUGAUUCUUUCGAUGACUCCGCAUUGGUCGGACUCUCGACUCAAUCGCUCAAGAGACUUUCAAUCAACGCUGGCUCUUUGGUUGUUAUCAACAACAUCGACAUAAGCAUCCAACGCAUUGCGCAAGUCGUUGUACUUGAUCCUCCUCCCAAGACGACGACGUUGGAUGAUGCUUCUCUCGUUUUGGACUCUCUUCAUACAAUGCUUGUCUUUCCUACUUACGAUUUGAUGAUGACUCAGCAGUUACUAUCUCAAGAGGUUGCUUACUUGUCUCCGAUGUUAGCCUUUAAUCUCGGCUUGCACGUGUCUUGCCUGAAGUCCCUCGUCCAUCGAGGGAACGAGGUCUUGGAGAAGUAUUUUGUUGCUAAAUUCGACGAAGGGGAAUCUGCGGUGGGUGGCUCUAAGAUUGGUUUGGAGUUGGCCUGUGCCAGGAGAAAAGCUAAUUUUGGCCAGAGUUUACUGAACUAUAGUUCACAUGCUCAGGUUAUUGCGAUGGAACCUUCUAAUGAGAGAUUUCUUCGAGUCAGUCACUACCAAACCGCUCUUGUACUUGGAGGAACGGUCUCUUCUGGUCUUCCACCGGAUUUGCUGGUUUCUAGAUCAAAGGUUCCUAUGCCUUUGCAGGAGGACGCAGUAAAUGUUUUGGCGUCGGUGCUUUCUCCACCUCUCUGCCCAUCAGCACUCUCCUCAAAGCUCAGGGUUGCUGUUUUACUACAUGGCCUGCCUGGGUGCGGGAAGCGAACUGUUGUUAACUAUGUAGCUAGGAGGUUGGGUCUGCAUGUAGUUGAAUAUAGCUGCCACAGUUUAUUAUCAUCAUCUGAAAGGAAGACGUCUACUGUUCUGGCACAGACUUUUAAUAUGGCACGAAGGUAUGCACCAACGAUACUUCUGCUCCGCCAUUUCGAUGUUUUCAAAAAUCUGGGAUCUCAGGAUGGCUCACAGGGGGAUCGAGUUGGCGUGGCCUCUGAGAUUGCAUCGGUUAUUAGGGAACUCACUGAGCCAGUUUCUAAUGGUGAAUACAGUUCCAUGGAAGAAGAAUCGAAUGACAAUUCCUCUGAAGAUGAAGUUGGGAAGUUUAGGGGACACCAGGUGCUCUUAAUCGCAUCUGCUGAAAGCACUGAAGGUCUCUCUCCGACAAUCAGGCGUUGCUUUAGCCAUGAGAUACGGAUGGGUUCUCUAAAUGACGAACAGAGAUCUGAGAUGCUGUCUCAGUCACUCCAAGGUGUUUCUCAGCUCCUUAAUACCAGCUCAGAUGAAUUUGUGAAAGAAUUAGUUGGACAGACUUCUGGUUUCCUACCUCGGGACUUGCGUGCUCUUGUGGCUGAUGCUGGUGCCAACUUAUUCAUCAGUAAAGAUUCCGAGACUGAAAAGAUGAAUUCUCUGUCGGGUGAUCAUGUUGGAGAUGAUGUAGACCAGUCAAGUCAACUAGAUAAGAGCAACGAGACAUUAAUACCUAAGGAAGAUUUCACUAAAGCUUUGGAUCGAUCAAAGAAGAGAAAUGAAUCAGCCCUUGGUGCUCCUAAGGUUCCAAAUGUGAAAUGGGAUGAUGUUGGUGGGCUUGAGGAUGUGAAGACUUCGAUUUUGGACACAGUUCAGUUACCUCUCCUGCAUAAAGAUUUAUUCUCAUCUGGACUACGUAAACGUUCUGGUGUACUUCUCUAUGGUCCUCCAGGAACAGGGAAAACUUUACUGGCAAAAGCUGUGGCGACAGAGUGUUCCUUAAAUUUCCUGAGCGUAAAAGGUCCAGAGCUAAUCAACAUGUAUAUUGGCGAGUCAGAGAAAAAUGUUCGAGAUAUAUUCGAAAAGGCGAGAUCAGCACGGCCGUGUGUGAUCUUCUUUGAUGAGCUUGAUUCACUUGCUCCAGCUCGAGGUGCUUCUGGUGAUUCAGGAGGAGUCAUGGAUCGAGUGGUCUCUCAGAUGCUUGCAGAGAUUGAUGGACUCAGCGAUUCUUCACAGGAUCUGUUUAUUAUAGGAGCAAGCAACAGACCUGAGCUGAUUGAUCCAGCUCUUCUACGACCUGGCAGAUUCGACAAACUUCUUUAUGUCGGAGUCAACGCUGAUGCGUCUUACAGAGAAAGGGUCCUAAAAGCACUAACUCGGGAAUUCAAGCUAAGCGAUAAAGACGUAUCGCUUUAUUCAGUAGCAAAGAAGUGUCCCUCUACGUUCACCGGGGCUGAUAUGUAUGCACUGUGUGCCGAUGCUUGGUGAGAAAGGUGAGAAAGACAGGUCUUGAACUCAGAUUCAGAGGAGUCUCUUCCAGAAGACGAUCCAGAUUCUGUUGUUGUAGAGUAUGUGGAUUUUAUAAAGGCUAUGGAUCAGCUAUCGCCAUCACUCUCCAUAAGUGAACUGAAGAAGUACGAGGCGCUUCGUGACCAAUUUGAAGGCCGUUCCAGCUAAAACUCCUCAGUAAUAGUAGCAACGAAAUAAAAAAAAGUAGCAUACAGAUUACAGAGCUAAAACCUUCUAUGUACAUAUGACAUUAGCACAAUAAUAAAACCUUUUUGAUUUGGGUUA